AUGACUCCGCAAGGGCAUACUCCAGCGUGGAAGAAAUUGGGCUUGAAGCUGAAGUACGCGAAACAGUCAACGCCCUCAGCUGUAACUGACAACCUUGGUGACAUUGAUGGCCCACGAAAAAGGCGUAAGACUGCGCAAAAUGGAAACAUCGGCUCCAGUGGCUCCGCGGAAUCAAGUGGACUGCCGAUAGACAGCCCUGCUCCUGUGGGGGAAACCGGCUCUUCGACACAGAAGCGCAAGUCUGUAUCCUUCACUCCGGAGACGAAGAUUGAAGAUGGCGAUAGCGUGAAGCAAAUCUACAAGGCAUGGCUCUCCUCACGGCAAGCGAAGAACCUGUCGAAGGAGAAAAUUGAUGGCUCUGUAAGCUUGUCUCCCAAUUCUGCUUCCGGCGAAGCUCGAAAUCAAGAAACCGAACUGCAGAUCACCAAAGCACCGUCACACACUCUCCCAGGUGAACCCAAGAGGACCAAAAAGAAAAAGACUAAGCCCAAGACCUCACCCCAUCAGACCACCCAGCCUCAACCUUCAGAUUCACUUCCAUCCUACCUCACCUACCUCUCUACCUACCAUGACUCGCCCUCAAUCUGGAAGUUUUCAAAGAAGCAAGAACAUCAUAUCCUUCAAAAAGUGUUCUCAGUUUCCGACAUACCUAUAACCUACGACGCUGCCCUUAUCUCCUAUCUCCCAGGCCUGAAAAGCUUCAGCGCUCGUCAAAAGUUAAGGGAGCAGGCUCUCGAGAUACGUGAAGCUGAUGCUGCAUGGCUUAACUCCAUCGCCACCGACAAAAUAGGCGGCGAACUCAACACUGUGGAGCAACAAGACAGUGUCACGGACAGGGAAUCCAUGAGGUCUACUCCCCUCGAAGCAGACACGGGCUGCCAAGCUCGCCACAAAGUCGAGUACCUAGCAUAUGUCAAGCAAUUCAAACGGAUACUGAAAAAAAAGGAAUACGAGCGUGAGGAUCGAGAGUUCGAAUUUGGACUGGAAAAGAAAGAAUGGGAGCGCCGUCUCCAAAAGAGGAAGAGGGCGGAGGCUGCGCUAUGGGCUGUUGGGGAGAAAGAAACCCAAAUCCCUCCUGUGAAGCCGCCAUCGCUGUCGGUGCCGCCGCAGACAAAUGGGUCCUAUCCUGAACGAUCUGCGGGAUCGUGGGACGGCGAGGAAGGCAGAAGGAAUGGAUGGAUGCUCGGACGAGACGCCACCAGGCUAAACGGGGCGAAGCAGGGGACAGGUAAGAAGAUUGUCUUUGGCGAAACUGGAGAGGGAAAUAUCACGAAUGGUAUUAAUGAUGCUGCCAAUGGGAAGGUUGGUAGAAGGAAUGGCGCAGCGAAAGGUGGGGAACAGGAUGGCGAGGCACCAAGGAAAGGAAAGAAGAGAAAAAGGCAGAAUAGAAAGAUGAGGAUGGGUGUACCAGAUGACGACGACACGAGCAGUAGCAGCAGCGGCGACGAGGAAAAGCGAGCUACUGAGAAGUCGGAUGUGAGGGCAGUCAAGAGACCACAGCUGUCGCAAGGAGAGAGUAGUGAUGCGACUUCGAGUAGUGGAGGAGGACAGUGA